UCCUUAUUUUGGCUCAGAACAAUUUCAGUGGUUCAAUCCCAGGAUGUUUGGUUAACUCCAAUAGCUUCAUUCUAUUUUAGACUUGCGAAUGAACAACUUUCAUGGAGAGAUACCGAGAUUCUUACCUACAGGGUUACAGUAUCUUGGCUUAUAUGGCAAUCAAUUGAGGGGACAAGUCCCGCGAUCCUUGCUUAACUGUACAAGCUUGGUAGCUCUUGAUUUGGGGAACAACAAGAUAAAUGACACGUUCCCCAUAUGGCUGGAGAAACUUCCAAACCUACAAGUUCUGAUUCUUAAAUCAAACCUCUUUCAUGGUUCAAUUGGUAGUUUGGAGUCCGAAUUUCCAUUUCCAGAGUUACGGAUCUUUGACCUUUCCUGCAAUGGGUUCACAGGAACUUUGCCAUCAAAUCUUUUCAAAAGUUUUAGAGGUAUGAUGGAUGUGGAUGAAGAAAAAACAGGAAUUACUCGAGCUACUAAUAGGACUCACAGAGAUUACCUUUACCAUGUUAGUUUGGUGAUAAAAGGUAAUGAGUAUGAUAUGAGAAUCACAUCAAUUAUGACGAGUGUUGAUUUAUCAAGCAACAGGUUUGAAGGAGAUAUUCCAAAUUCCAUUGGAAGUCUGAGCUCACUUGUGUUACUCAACCUGUCCCACAACAGCUUCCGUUGUCAUAUUCCUGCAGAAUUUGCAAAGUUGCAGGCGCUCGAAGCAUUAGAUCUCUCAUGGAACAGACUCAUUGGAGAAAUUCCAGGUCCAUUGUCGAGUUUGACAUUUCUUGAGGUCUUAAACCUUUCCUACAAUCAUCUGGCUGGGCGUAUUCCCAUUGGGAAACAGUUCAAUACAUUUCCAAAUGAUUCGUAUUGUGGAAAUCCUGAUUUAUGUGGAUUUCCACUGUCAAAAGAUUGUGGAAACAAUAAUGAAUCACCACUUGAACACGAUGAUGAUGAUGAUGAUGAUGAUGAUUCAUUUUUUAUGAGCGGGUUCACAUGGGAAGCAGUGGUAAUAGGUUAUGGUUGUGGUAUGAUAUUUGGAUUGUUGAUAGGAGGCCUAAUGUUUCUAUUGGAAAAACCAAAGUGGUAUGUGAACUUUGCUGAAGAUAUUGCUCAACAAAUUGCUGCUAAGAAGCGAACAAGGCAAAAGAAGAGACGUCAAAGAAGAAUGAAUUAGCAAUAUACCAGAGGUUGCUGGAGAGUUGGACAAGUUUAUUAGCAAUGGAUGCAUCUGUUACACUUGAUUUCUAUAGUUUUUUGGCAAAUAAUUAAUAAGCUUUUAGAUGUAGCAACCUCUGCACUCUAUUUGUAUUAUA